AUGUCUUUCUACUUUGACGACGAUGAUGAAAACGAAUUCUAUGGCUCGCAAGGAAAAUCGAUAAAGCAAGAUGAUGAUGCUUUUUUUUGCGUGAGCUGUGGAGGGACAGAGUCGUAUAUGGACGAAACUACAGGUGUUCUGACUUGCACAGUUUGUUUCACGCAGUCCCAGAACUUUGUUGCACCUUCUCAAAUGGAGAUGGACAUGGAAGAUGCCAUGGGGCUUGCCGGGAGAAAUCGAGGUGGACAGCUCAUUGAAACUGGGAAUAGACAGAGGAAACGUAGGCGUCCUGGAAAGAGUUUGGAAGACCACGACUCGACAGUUCGACUGCCAGAGGCCCUGCAAUGUAUCCAAGGGAUGCAAAGGAUUCUGGAAGAGUCUACUAGAAUAGUAUGCAGUUUGGCUGGGGAAAGGGAUAGCUUUCAGUAUGUGCUAUCGACAGUCAAAGAUAUGUGGCAGGCGUAUUUGUUAUCGUGGAAAGAAGGGGCAGAUCAUUACGGAAAGAUCUAUCCAGAUGUUCGAUUUUCCUUUCGAGAUCACUUUCUCGACAGCUUUCAAAGGUCCGCCCUUUCAAAAACUUUGAGCUAUGUGGCUGCAAAGCGAUUAAAACAACAGAUCAUGGACGAAGAAGCAAAAAUCAUUUCUGAAACUUCCAUUGCGAGUGUAGGUUCGUGUGAACAGCAACGUUUUGUGAACUUUGCCGUCCUGCAAAGUGAUGGCGACCCUGACGGCGACCCCGAAGAUUCCCAGUCUUGCUGUAGUGAACAAACGACUGAAGUGCUUCCGACGUUAUCACGCAUGGAAUCUGAAAGAUCUCAAAUGGUGCAAGUGAUUUGCCGCCACCUGAAACAAAAGAAAGGGGCGUCACUUGUUGGCCGUAAAGAAGCUGCAUUGAUGCUACAACCAAACAUGACAAUGGUCGUGGCAAUCUUGAGUAUUGCGGCAACUCCGAUCGGAAUUACGGUGAAUCAGAUUCUACGGUGGAUUGAAAAUGGGUCGUUGCCGUUGCGAAAUGGAUUUUCCCUGUUGAGCGACAGUGACAAGGAACCAUUGAGGACCAUCACGAGUUUUUUCAAUCUACCUACUUGCCCAGCAGUACAUUUAGUUGACAGAAUGGUGCGAAACUUUCAUCUAGCCUGUGGAUUCAAGCAGAGAAAAAUCGUCCUGCACACGAAAUCAAAUCGACGUUUUGAAACCGAUGCAUCAAAAUCGCACAAACCAGGUCGAACCAUGAUACCAGCUCAUAUACCUGUCAUAACCGCAAGUUUGGUUAGCGAUCUGGGCUUCAACCAACAAGUUUUGAACUAUGCUCUAUCCAUCAUGGGAAAGUCAAUUCUCUAUGAACGUUACGAUGAGAAAAUCACUCCAGUUGAUGGUGACUUUGAAAAGUUUUGGCUCCCUCCACCAUUAAAGAAAGCACGUCUCGAUUUGAUUUUAGACAUCAACAAAAUUCUUGGGGUAAUAAUUGUGGCCUGCAAAUUCAUUCCUGGUUGGGAUAAUAUGUCGUUUGAUGAUCCAAAUGGAGCCUCGAAUCUAGACUCUGCAAAGUUGGUUGUUCCAACCACAGCUUAUGGAUUCCAAUUCCUUAAGACUGGUCGUGCUUUUGAUGGAUAUUUGGAUUUUGUUGAAACAAAGGUAUUGAACAGUGGCACUGUUGAAGAAGUUAUACUAAGUUUUGCAAAAUCUUUGAGGACUCAGCCCGAAAGUCAAUCAGUACAAGAGUCUCCACAGAAAUUUCUGUUUUCCAGAACUGUAACGAGUGUAAAAAGAAGAUACAAUGCGGAAGGUACACACAAAUAUCUGCUAACACGAAGGCCGUCCGCAGUGGGAACUCUUGCGUGGCAAAUGGAACCUCCAAUGGGACCGUUGGUUGAAUACAUUGCCAACAGGACAGCUACAAACCCAAUUGAUAUACUAGAUUUUGUGGCUGACCUGGAUGAAGAAGUUGAGCGAAAGUGCAAGAAGUACAAGAAGGGUGAACUCUGA